AUGUUAACAAAGUUUCUCACAAUUCAAACUCGAUUAUCAGAUCUAAUCACAAACUACACUACACAUAUGGUCUCAACAGUCGUAUACGGUGACGCUAGAAGGAACACGCCAGUGAACGGAUUUAAAUUUCACCUUGAAGAAAAGAACUCUGCAUGGUGCACGACGGAGACGAGUUUUGAUCGUCAAUCGAUGGGACUUUUACAGAUACAAUUGAUGGAUCGCGAGAAUGAUUUGGGUGGAAUUUGGUUUGACAUUCCAUACAAUAGGAAAUUAAUUGAAAGCAAGUCGGAAAAUACUUACACGACUCGUUUGCGUCUCAAGCAUAGCCUCGUAAUGUCGAACGGUAUGAAGAGCGAUAUAAACAUUGAACAUAUGCCAGUGGUAACCUGCGAGCGAACUAUCCCAACAAUUAAUCAUUAUGAUUCUGCCGAUAGCGGAUACGGAGAUUGUGACAAAGAUUCUGACGAAGUUUUUAACGAUGAUGAACCAGAAUUUCAGUUCUUAGAAAUGAGAAUUUCUUCACGGCUUCUUUUCUCAAUGAUUGAUGAAAAAGAUAAUCGUGCGCCGUAG